AUGAAGCUUUAUCUUAUUUACGAAGGAAAAGACAUAUUUGGUAAUAAAGUGUGUAAUUUAAAGAAUCGAUGUGAUAUUGAGGUUGACAUUCCUAAUUCUUGGCUAGAUGAUGAAUGUGAAAAGUUAUUGAAUCUUUUUGUUCAAGAAUAUACUUCGAUGGAUUCGCAGGAACAAUUAGAUGCCUCAAGUUUACAAGCAAAAUGCGGUGGUAUUCUGAUAAAGAAUGAAGAAAGAAUUGGGACGCAUUUUCACGAGCACUUCAAUAUUUACAUUCUUCACAAAGAAGUUAAAUUCAUUAGCCGUGACCCUAAGGAUCAAAAGCUUUGUGCACAUUAUGGGUGUAGGAAAAAUUUUAAUGAAAAGUACAACCAUGAUUUAGCAUGUCAUUAUCAUCUGGGAGGUCCUAUUUUUCAUGGCAUAGAAAUGUUUUGGAGGUGCUGUAUUGAUAAGGUAGCAUACGACUGGGAGUCAUUUCAACACAUAACGACUUGUCAAAUUGGGAAGCAUUCCACUAUUUACAAACGAUUUGAAUUUCCAAAGGAGAUAAUUACUAAUCAACCAUUGACACAAGCUCAGCACCAAGCAAUAUCUUAA